AUGGGGACGCCCUGGGGGAGCGGUAAUGGCGACGACGGGAACUUGAUCUGGUGGAUCGGGACUCCCGCCGGCGCGGUUGAUGCGGGGCCGGAGUUGACCGGUGGUGGCGGCUGCAGCGGAGCGCCAAGCGCGGCGGAGGCUGCCCGGGGCGGCGGCUGCCACUGUAGCCAGGGCGGGGCGGUGGAUGGCAGCUGCAGCGGCCCGGCGGGGACGCCCUGGGGCAGUGGCAGCUGCGGCGGAGCGCCGGGCGUAGCGGAGGCCGCCGGGAGCGGUGGCUGCCACUGCAGCCAGGGCGGGGCAGUGGAUGGCAGCUACAGCGGCCCGUCGAGCACGGCGGAGGCCUCUUGGUGCAGCGGCUGCCACGGCAGCCACGGCGGCGCGGUGGCGGCGAUGGGCCGCGCAGCUGGGUGCGGCCCGUAG